AUGCCACAAAACCUUCAAGUCAUCAGGAAGGAGAGAGAAAGAAAGGGAGAAAGAUUGCAACCAUUAAAUUUCUUUUUCCGCAUUGUUUGUUUUCUUGAAGCUUUUGAAAAGACCUUUUGGGCAAAUGAGCUAGAGUCAAUCGCUUUUGAGACUUAUAAACUGCAUUACAUUCCGAUGAUGUCAAAAGCAUAUCGCACUCACUCCGUUGUGGAAUUUUUAUGA